CGAGGAGAACGCCUGGUGGCCAGUUGCCAUCUGCUAGGCUCGGCGACGGCGGAGGUGUGUGUGUGUAUGUGUGUGUGAGCCUGGGGGGAGGAGGUUGUUUGGAACUUUGCUGGCUCGGUAGCGGCGGAUCCCAGGGGAGAAGGCCGUCCGCUGCUCGCUCAUUGGUCGCCGUGCCGUCAGCUGGUGCGAUUUGCUGCUGUCGCUUUUGGCGCUCGGCCAUCCAGAAACAAACCACUCGCAUGACUACUAAUAGUUAUAGCCAGAUGUACUAAUACACAACAAAUCAAGGUCUGGGAUCUGGGGAGCGUCCAUGAGUUCCUAUUUCGUGAAUCCCGCUUUCCCGGGAAGCUUGUCGAAUGGACAAGAGUCCUUCCUGGGGCAGAUCCCCCUCUAUCACCCCACGGCUGGCUACGAGGCUCUAAGGCACUUCCCAGCUUCUUAUGGGACCGGCAGCCUGCAAGAGAAGCCCUACUCCUCCCCUAGCUUCUUCCAACAGUCCAGCCCCAAUACGGUCAUCGCCUGCAACCGGGCAGCCUAUGAUUAUGGAGCCUCUUGCUUCUACUCGGACAAGGACCUGGGCGGUGCCUCCUCGCCCUCCGGCAAUGGCAAACCAAGGGCCAGCAACCCCGGGGACUACUUGCCCUGCUUUGCCUCUGACCAGCAGUACAAGCCCGAAAACGGGGCAGCCAAAAUCCUAAACGAGGAAAACAGCGACCGGAAGUACAUCAGCCCUGUUUACCCUUGGAUGCAGAGGAUGAAUUCGUGUGCUGGUACAGUGUAUGGAACGCAUGGGAGACGGGGCAGGCAAACCUACACCAGGUUCCAAACGCUAGAGUUAGAAAAAGAAUUCCAUUAUAACAGAUAUUUAACCAGAAGGCGUCGGAUUGAGAUUGCAAACGCUCUUUGCCUUACUGAACGACAGAUUAAAAUCUGGUUUCAAAACAGGCGGAUGAAAUGGAAAAAGGAAAGCAAAUUGAUCAAUUCCACCCAGCCUGGCGAAGAAGAAACAGAGGAAAAAUCAGGGGAGUAAAAUUAUGCUUAAGAGAAUAAACCAUCUAUUAGUAGCUUUUUCCUUCAUCAUCAUGCCUCCCAGUUCACACACAAACACACACACACACACACACACACACACACAGAGCCCUACAAAUUCAUUGGUUUAUUAUUCUUUUGUUGUUGUUGUUUUGCAGAUAUUUCCAAAGGCUUAAUUAAAAUACAUAUUUAUGCAUCUAUCUAUAUAUGUUUUCAGUAAACUGUAAAUUUCUGUAUCAGUAGCAUUAUUGACAGUAGAAAAGGUAAUAGUCAGAUUUCCACUCUGUAGAUUUAGGUGCUUAAAUGCUUUUGACAUAAGUAAUGCCUUUAUUUUCUUUUUUUAAAAAAUAAAAAGGUAUUUAUAUAAAACUA